CCCUUUACCAACAUGGCUGCUGACGCCACUCCUUCUGGGACUCGUAGUCUGGUCCUCGCGCGCUUUCUUACCUAACUGGGGCGCUCUGGGUGUUGUACGAAAGCGCCUCUGCGGCCGCAAUCUCUGCUGGGAGUUGUAGUUGUGUGCCCUAUCACGGCCCCUCCCAUUUCUGGUGCCGUCACGGGACAGAGCAGUCGGUGACAGGACAGAGCAGUCGGUGACGGGACACAGUGGUUGGUGACGGGACAGAGCGGUCAGUGACAGCCUCAAGGGCCUCAGCACCGCGCCCAUGGCAGAGCCAGACCCCUCUCACCCUCUGGAGACCCAGGCAGGGAAGGUGCAGGAGGCUCAGGACUCAGAUUCAGACUCUGAGGGAGGAGCCACUGGUGGAGAAGCCGACAUGGACUUCCUGCGGAACUUAUUCUCCCAGACGCUCAGCCUGGGCAGCCAGAAGGAGCGUCUGCUGGACGAGCUGACCUUGGAAGGGGUGGCCCGGUACAUGCAGAGCGAACGCUGUCGCAGAGUCAUCUGUUUGGUGGGAGCUGGAAUCUCCACAUCCGCAGGCAUCCCCGACUUUCGCUCUCCAUCCACCGGCCUCUAUGACAACCUAGAGAAGUACCGUCUUCCCUACCCAGAGGCCAUCUUCGAGAUCAGCUAUUUCAAGAAACAUCCAGAACCCUUCUUCGCCCUCGCCAAGGAACUCUAUCCUGGGCAGUUCAAGCCGACCAUCUGUCACUACUUCAUGCGCCUGCUGAAGGACAAAGGGCUACUGCUGCGCUGCUACACCCAGAACAUAGAUACCCUGGAACGAAUAGCGGGGCUGGAACAUGAGGACUUGGUGGAGGCCCACGGCACCUUCUACACAUCACACUGCGUCAGCGCCAGCUGCCGGCAUGAAUACCCGCUAAGCUGGAUGAAAGAGAAGAUCUUCUCUGAGGUGACGCCCAAGUGUGAGGACUGUCAGAGCCUGGUGAAGCCUGAUAUUGUCUUUUUUGGUGAGAGCCUCCCAGCGCGUUUCUUCUCCUGUAUGCAGUCAGACUUCCUGAAGGUGGACCUCCUCCUGGUCAUGGGCACCUCCUUGCAGGUGCAGCCCUUUGCCUCCCUCAUCAGCAAGGCACCCCUCUCCACUCCUCGCCUGCUCAUCAACAAGGAGAAAGCUGGCCAGUCGGACCCUUUCCUGGGGAUGAUUAUGGGCCUUGGAGGAGGCAUGGACUUUGACUCCAAGAAGGCCUACAGGGACGUGGCCUGGCUGGGUGACUGCGACCAGGGCUGCCUGGCCCUUGCUGAGCUCCUUGGAUGGAAGAAGGAGCUGGAGGACCUUGUCCGGAGGGAGCACGCCAGCAUAGAUGCCCAGUCGGGGGCGGGGGCCCCCAACCCCAGCACUUCAGCUUCCCCCAAGAAGUCCCCGCCACCUGCCAAGGACGAGGCCAGGACAACAGAGAGGGAGAAACCCCAGUGACAGCUGCAUCUCCCAGGCGGGAUGCCGAGCUCCUCAGGGACAGCUGAGCCCCAACCAGGCCUGGCCCCCUCUUAACCAGCAGUUCUUGUCUGGGGAGCUCAGAACAUCCCCCAAUCUCUUACCACUGCCUCCCCAAAACUGGGGUCCCAGCAACCCUGCCCCCGCCAACCCCAGCAAAUCUCUAACACCUCCUAGAGGCCAAGGCUUGAACAGGCAUCUCUACCAGCCCCGCUAUCUCUAACCACUCCUGGGCUAAGGAGUAACCUCCCUCAUCUCUAACUGCCCCCACGGGGCCAGGGCUACCCCAGAACUUUUAACUCUUCCAGGACAGGGAGCUUCGGGCCCCCACUCUGUCUCCUGCCCCCAGGGGCCUGUGGCUAAGUAAACCACACCUAACCUACCCCGGUGUGGGUGUGGGCCUCUGAAUAUAACCCACACCCAGCAGAGGGGGAGUCGAGCCGGGAGGGCUCCCGAGUCUCUGCCUUCAGCUCCCAAAGUGGGUGGUGGCCCCCUUCACGUGGGACCCACUUCCCAUGCUGGAUGGGCAGAAGACAUUGCUUACUGGAGACAAAUUAAAAACAAAAACAACUAACAA